AUUACAGUUAUUUGAUUUUCUUCAAUUAGUUUCACAAAUCUUUCUGCGAUUGUAUAAUAGUGAGAAGGUCUCUAUCUAUAGCACUGAGUUCAAAUGUCAUUUUGCUUCAUCAGGUUUUUACAGCAACAAUACUUUUUCUGGUAGGUGCAAAUGUUGAGAAAACCCCAAAUCUACUUUGAGAAGUGAAAUCCAACUGUUGCUUUCUCAUUAUUUCAUUGGUGUUUCUUUGCAAGCUUUCUUCCCAAGUUUGAUUUAAAUGUUGUCAUAAGCCAACAUAAGCUAAGAGCGUUUGAUUUAAACCACUUAAGCUACCUGUUGUUUUACUUGGGACUAAUUUGCUUACAGGUCUCUAUCCUCUUAAUGCUGUCACUUAAAUCCCAUCACCGCAGGUACCUGAGCGUGGCUGAGGCCAGCAUAAGAGGGCUCCUAAAAAUUAAGUAAUGAAACAGGAAAUUGCUCCAAAAACAAUGUACAUUAUUGACAAUUGUUAAUGAGGUAAAGGCUGCAUUUACACUAAUAGUAUGCAAUGUGUAAAUGAACAUAAUUCAUUUUCCAUGCGGCUUCAAAUACAGCAUUAACACGUUCCAGCUGCACAGUGGCUCCACUCCGUGUUUGCCGUGCUGCUUUACGCCUGUUGUCAAUGAACAUCCAAGCAUCCUCAGUUUGAUUCUGCUACGCGUUUCCGUCGCUCCGCCUCUUCUGCCCCCCAUCUCUCUUUACCCUCUUCAUCCCUCUCUCUCUCAUUGCAUCCAUUUUUGUGCAUUUAAGAAAUCUCCAAGUGUUACCAACCUAGAUGAAAACAAGCCAAACUGUGACAGAGGGGGGCAUAAGGACUCCAAAAACAAACGCGGACGGACCUAACCUAUUUGAUUCUAAAAUGCGACUGAAACCUUUCUAAGGAAUGGCAGCGAUGGGUUAGACAGGAUUUAAAAUGACUGCAAAAUAAAAGCAACUGUGAGUAAAAGAUGUCCGCUCCACGAGGGCCCAGGGGUGGUCAUGGCCCUGCUGCCUCAGCUGCCGGCGCCAUGCCUGAGAUGCCGGACCUCAGCCACCUCACCGAGGAGGAGAGGAAGAUCAUCCUCGGUGUCAUGGACCGACAACAGAAGGAGGAUGCGAAGGAACAGUCCAUGUUAAAGAUCAAAGAAGAACCAAAGCCUCAGUCAGCACAGUGGUUUCCCUUUAGUGGGAUCACUGAGCUGGUAAAUAAUGUUCUUCAGCCACAGCAAAAGCCCCAAAAUGACAAGGAGCCCGAGCCAGACGCGAAAUUGCACCAGCAGUUUGAGUCAUACAAGGACCAGGUCAAGAAGAUGGGUGAUGAGACAAAGCAGGCUCAGGAACAGAAGAGCGAAGCCCCAACUUGCGGGAUAUGCCACAAAACCAAGUUUGCUGAUGGCUGUGGCCACCUCUGUUCAUAUUGCCAAACAAAAUUCUGUGCUCGGUGCGGAGGACGAGUGUCUCUGCGGUCAAAUAAGGAGGACAAAGUGGUGAUGUGGGUAUGCAACUUGUGCCGAAAACAACAAGAAAUCCUCACCAAAUCGGGGGCGUGGUUUUAUGGCUCGACCCCUGGUCAGGUGCGGGCUGUGUUUGAAGGUGGGCCGCAGGGGAAGAAGGCCAAACUGCAGGACCCGUCACUAUACCCUUACCAGGGUGCCUCAGGGGACUUGACACCAACGUCAGACAGAAGCAGACGUCACGGCGGGCUCCUGCCCAGACAGGCGUCCCUUGACAACGGCUCACUGAGGUACUCUGGACAUGGCGAUGCACCCAUAGACAGGAAACGAAGUCCGUCUGCAUCCAGGGAUCCAAACCAAAAAUACGACCAAAGGGAGGGGAGUGACCAUUCGCAGUAUGCCCCGACAGACGGAAGCAUGCCCAGAUCACCGUCUGACUAUGGGGAUGGGGACCCUCGGCGGGCUCCGCGGGGCCCACACUUGUACCCGGAAGUAAAUGCAGCGUGGAUUGGCUACAGGGACCGGCAGGGUCCUGGACGCUGGCACUCCCAGGAGUACCCUUUGGACCAGGAGCUAGAUGGGCCGCACAAUGAAUAUGAGCUCCAGAGGCAACGGCAGGAGGAGUUCCAGACGCGCUAUCGCAGCGACCCUAACCUGGCACGCUAUCCUGUUAAGCCGCAGCCCUAUGAAGAGCAGAUGAGAAUGCAUGCGGAGGUGGGACGCCUGAGGCAUGAGCGACGUCACAGUGAUGUCUCGCUAGCUUACACUGAACAGGAUGACCCAGGACCCAUCCGGCUGUCACGUCAACAUCUCACUGAGCGCCGUCCACCUAUGGUGGGACAGCGAUCUUACUCUGUUGACCGCUCCUCCCCGGGCCCCGUGGGUCCUGGCCUUGGAGGCCACAGAACAUCAAACCACAGCCCCCCAACACCUCGCCGCAGCCCUGUGCUAGGUGACCGAUCUGGCGAUCUUCGAAGAGGUGACAUGAGCGGAGGAGGGGACUCUAUGAGGAGACAACAUCACUUGGACCCCAAUUCAGCUGUUCGCAAGACCAAGAGGGAGAAGAUGGAAAGCAUGUUGAGGAAUGAUUCUCUGAGCUCAGAUCAGUCGGAGUCGGUACGUCCUCCGCCCCCGAAGCCCCACAAAACCAAAAAGGGAGGGAAAAUGCGGCAGGUGUCACUGAGCAGCUCAGAAGAGGAGCUGGCAACUACGCCGGAGUACACCAGCUGUGACGAUGUGGAGAUAGAGAGUGAGUCAGUCAGUGAGAAAGGGGACAGUCAAAGGGGAAAAAGAAAAACAAUUGAGCAGGCAUUUAUGUCUGAGCCAGCACACACCUUAUCUGAGAGGCAAAAGAAAAUGGUGCGCUUUGGGGGACACUCAUUUGAAGAGGACUUGGCAUGGUGUGAACCGCAAGUUAAAGACUCAGGAGUUGAUACGUGCAGUAGCACUACCCUAAACGAGGAGCAUAGCCAUAGUGAGAAGCAUCCGGUGACGUGGCAGCCGUCCAAAGACGGGGAUCGCCUAAUAGGGCGGAUUUUGCUCAAUAAGAGAAUGAAAGAUGGAAGCGUGCCUCGAGACUCAGGAGCUCUGCUUGGUCUUAAGGUGGUUGGAGGGAAGAUGACAGAAUCUGGUAGACUUUGUGCUUUCAUCACGAAAGUGAGAAAAGGAAGUCUUGCGGAUACUGUAGGGCACCUUAGACCAGGUGACCAGGUGCUGGAAUGGAAUGGAAGGCUUUUACAAGGAGCCACAUUUAAAGAAGUUUACAAUAUAAUUUUAGAAUCCAAGCCUGAACCACAAGUGGAACUGGUGGUCUCACGGCCCAUCGGAGAUAUUCCAAGGAUACCAGACAGCACACAUGCACAACUGGAAUCAAGUUCAAGUUCUUUUGAGUCCCAAAAAAUGGAUCGUCCAUCCAUUUCUGUCACCUCCCCCAUGAGUCCCAACAUGCUGAGGGAUGCUCCCCAGUACUUGUCAGGACAGCUUUCAAGCCAAAGCCUUAGUAGAAGAACACCGCCUAUUCCCCCUAGGGUCCAGGUCAAACUGUGGUACGACAAAGUCGGCCAUCAACUAAUAGUCACCAUACUGGGAGCCAAAGACCUGCCACCCAGGGAAGAUGGUCGACCCAGAAAUCCUUACGUGAAAAUCUACUUUCUCCCUGAUAGAAGUGACAAAAGCAAAAGGAGAACAAAAACAGUAAAGAAAUCCUUAGAGCCCAAGUGGAACCAGACCUUUAUGUAUUCCCCGGUACAUCGGAGGGAGUUUCGGGAGCGCAUGUUGGAGAUCACGUUAUGGGAUCAAGCCAGAGUGAGGGAAGAGGAGAGUGAAUUCUUGGGAGAGAUACUCAUUGAACUGGAGACAGCUCUUCUGGAUGACGAGCCUCACUGGUACAAGCUACAGACCCAUGACGUGUCCUCCAUCCCACUCCCGCGUGCCUCCCCAAACACACAACGUAGGCAGCUCCAUGGAGAAAGCCCAACACGGCGGCUUCAGAGAUCCCAGAGAAUAAGUGAUGGCGAGAUCUCAGACUAUGAUUGUGAGGACGGUGUUGGUGUAAUAACAGACUACCGACCGAAUGGCAGAGACUUCCAGAGCUCCACUUUGUCUGUCCCGGAACAGGUGAUGUCUUCUAACCACUGCUCCCGGUCUGCUGAAAUACAUCGCGCACGUUCACGCUCCCCCAGCGUUCCCCCACCUGCCAGCCGAAACCAUCGUGUGUACCCAAUCUGCCGUGAGGAAGCAGUCAGGUUACUGCGUUCCACUAGGAUAUCCCGUGCCUUUUCUGAGGGCGCCUACUCUUCUGACUAUGACUUUGAGAGGAGCCACGGAGCCAUGGAUAGACACGAGUAUCACAGCAGGUCCCGAUCUGCAGACCAGCGGCCCACAAUAGAGCGCCCCGCAUCCCGAUCACGCUCCACUGAACGCCCCCACGACUCAUCGAUGAUGAGGUCCAUGCCGUCUCUACCGUCUGGGAGGUCAGCCCCUCCCUCACCUGCCAUGACGAGGGCGCACCCUCGUAGUGGAUCAGUCCAGACCAGUCCAAACAGUACGCCAAUGUCCCACAGACGAGGUCGGCAACUCCCCCAGCUUCCAUCCACCGGGAAAGACAGAAAAGAUGGAGACGAAGGACCCGAUCCUUAUGAAGGUAUUGACAUGGAGGAGAGGACCAGGCAGAUGAAGAUGAAAAUGAACAAGUACAAGCAGGGAGCUGGCUCUGAUUCACGUCUGGAGCAGGACUACCACAAGCAUUCCAGUAGAGAUCCAAGGGGUUCAGAUAACCUGUCGGCAAAGUCAUCAGACAGUGAUGUUAGCGACGUGUCCGCUGUGUCGAGAACCAGUAGCGCCUCUCGGUUCAGCAGCACGAGCUACAUGUCUGUCCAGUCUGAAAGACCACAAGGAAAUCGCAAGAUCCGCCAUUUGCGAUCAAGGAGCCAGUCGCGGGAGGGGGAUGAGCAUUUAGUUGAUGUGCUAGAAGAGGAAGAGACAGGCAGGAGAGGUGGAGGUGAAGGGACAAGGGUCAAUAAAGACGGGCUCGUGCAGGGAGAGAGAAAGGGAUCAGGGAAUAAAGUAGACAAAGACAAGCGGCAGCAUGAAGAAAUGCUGAUGAAAGAAGACGACUUGCACCAGAGGAGUAUCUCAGAGACUGACCUCAGGCAGAUGGGCUCGUCGGGCGGCGUGAACAUGACGAAGAGCACCAGCAUCAGCGGUGAUAUGUGUAACCUGGAAAAGACAGACGGCAGCCAGUCAGACACAGGGGUCGGCACGGUAGGAACCGACGACAAGAAGAGGCGCUCCAGCAUCGGUGCCAAAAUGCAGGCCAUGGUUGGCAUGUCACGCAAGAGCCGGAGCACCUCACAACUCAGCCAAACAGAGAAGCAGACCAAACACAUGCAGACUUUCAGGAAGAGCUGUCAAGAAGCAGGAGGCAAGAAAUUGCGCAGCACUAUCCAAAGGAGCACAGAGACAGGCUUGGCAGUAGAAAUGAGGAGCAGGAUGACCCGUCAGGCCAGCCGAGAAUCCACAGACGGCAGUAUGAACAGCUACAGCUCCGAGGGAAAUCUCAUCUUCCCUGGUGUGAGGCUUUCUUCAGAAGCCCAGUUCAGUGACUUUCUGGAUGGGCUCGGGCCCGCCCAGCUCGUCGGACGACAGACGCUGGCUACACCGCCAAUGGGUGACAUCCAAAUUGGCAUGGUGGAGAAGAAAGGAGCACUGGAGGUGGAAGUCAUAAGAGCUCGUGGCCUUGUGGGAAAACCAAGUUCCAAGGCACUGCCAGCACCCUAUGUUAAGGUCUAUCUUUUGGAAAAUGGAGUCUGCAUAGCCAAAAAGAAAACAAAAGUAGCAAGAAAAACCUUGGAUCCUCUUUACCAGCAGCAACUGCCGUUUGAGGAGAGCCCUGGAGGGAAAGUUUUACAGGUGAUUGUCUGGGGCGACUAUGGACGCAUGGACCAUAAAUCUUUCAUGGGAGCAGUUCAGAUACUGUUAGAUGAGCUGGACCUGUCCAACAUGGUGAUUGGCUGGUUCAAGCUCUUUCCUCCCUCCUCGCUGGUGGACCCAACUCUCGCCCCCCUGACAAGAAGAGCUUCCCAGUCUUCGCUGGACAGUUUCUCACGGUCAUAGCAGCGCGCAGACUGAUAGCGUUGUUGUAGCAGCCCAGUGUUGCGAUGACAGGUCACGCCCCCCGGUUACACUGCAUGCUUGAUGUUGUGUCUUCUGAGCCUGUUUCUAGGGGUGCAAAUGUGAUCCUGUGUUUUGAGCAAAAACGUUGCACACGUGGUGCUCGUGGCGAAGCGCAUCGCAAGCGCCCGGCGGCCAGGAUCGCCGGGCCAUGUUGUUCUUGCUGUUGGAAGGAAACUGGAAUGGACUCCUUAGCACGAGGAAUCUGUCAUUUCCAGCUUUUCAUCCAAUUCGAAGCCAUGGGGGUCGGUACUGGGAACCGCAAAACGGGUUCUACAGAAACCCUUUUUCGAAUGAAAAAUAAAUGUUUGUCUUUGAUUUCCAUUUUUGCUUUGAUUUUAUUUGUUUCUUUUUCCUGUUGUCGUUUUUUAUGUCUGAAUGGGGGUGACGGUGGUUUUCACCACCAGAUGCUUGGUCGUGCCCCACCAACAGGUGAGGUUUUUGGAGACCAUUACAUAGGGUGAGGUUUGUCCCACCUUGAAGCCACACCCCCCAAAAUCCUAAAAGAAAAUAGCCUGCAGACUCUUGGUUUAUAUGCUCAACCAAACUGUGCUGGAAACUCACCAGACAACAGUAAUCAGAGGCAAUAUUGCAGCGGCUACAAAUCACCAAUAAUGAGUCAAACCCCCAGAGAAAAGGUGUGCAAUCUACCAUCUUGAUUUCAUUCUUUCUCUUUUGAUAUACAGUAUUGUAUGAAAAAAAAAAAUAUCUGAGAAAAAUAUAUUUUCCCUUUUUAGUUCAUUUGCAUGAAUACAAAUUUAGCUGAAGACUAAAAAAAAAAAUUUUUUUUCUGGAGGCUGUAACAUGCAAAAAAGAUGAAGAAAAAGAAAUAAAACAGAUCAGCCAUUUCAAUUUCAACAAUUUUAUAUUAUUUUUUAAGAUACAUUUCACUAGUGCAUGGUUUUCAAGGGGAGUGAAUGCAACAUCAUGAUUAAAAGAGACAAGUCAUUGUUCAUCAGUCCAGACCAUUCAUGAGUCAGUAAGAUAAGGCUAACAAAAGGAACAUUUUGGACUAUUUAACAGAUAAUGUUUUAUGACGAAAAAAAAAAAGUGAUAAUGACAAUAAAUGUAAAUGACUUAUUUCAUUGUGAAAAGGCUCAGAUAAAGAUUAUGUGAAAAUGUACAUGUUUCUCUUUUUAUUCCUUCUCCCAGGGUACUUCACAUUGUAAGACUCAUUUCUACCAAUGUCCCCUGAUAGUGUUUGGAUUUGGUCUGGGCCAGAUCUAGUUAUUUUACAGUUCUAUAUUGUUUUGGUAUGCAUUUUAGUUCAAAUUUGAUUUCUUUAACAAGCAUGUUGAAAAGGAUUCUCUGCAACAUGGCUUGGGCACACCUUAAAGUAACUCAGCAUGUUUUGAUAUAGGAUGAUAUUUGGAAUUUUUGCAGUUUCUUGUACAGUGCAUGUCAACGUCCAUUCAUUUUGCUCCCUCACGUUAAAUUCAAUGCUACACCUAAUUACGUUCCAAUCAUCCAUUGACCAAUUAUUAAAGUUUUUAACAAGACAUUCCACUCCCAAGGUCAUAUAUAUUUUCUUUGCAGAUAUUGAGGAAAAAAAAGUGACAAGGAAAAUAUUUUCUACUUAAUGGAGUUGAGACGUUGUGAUUACAAGUGUAUUUUGUUUCAGUAUUGUUGACCAACAUGCAAAAAUAUUCUGUAUUGGUACAGCAAAAGGUCUAUACUGUACGUAAUCAAGAGGCAGCAAACCUGUAAAAAAAAAAAAAAUGUGUUGCUGGAGUUCAAUACAAGCACUGUUUAUGAGAUGAGCUAAUCACAAGUUCAAAUAACAUGGAAUAUUGCCACAGAAUUUCUUUCUUGUUUUAAUGAAAAUGACAUUUAUUUAGUAUAUUUUUGUUAGUUUUCUUUUAAAAGCCAAGACCUGAUUAUUUUUUAUUUUCUAUUUUUAGUAAUAAAAACGUCUCAUGUCUGGGAGGCUAAUGAAUCGUAUAGCUGCAGUAUGUCUGAAUGAAAAUGAAUCGGGGCAUUAUUCCUUUUCCACACGGAGAUAAAGAAUUUUAAUGUCCAAGGAUUUUUUUUGUCACUGUAACAAUCUGCAGUAUAGAGUUUACUUUUUGAUUUCCAUUGUACAUACAUACAUAGAUGUCAGAUUUUAAAUAAACACAACACUCUUCUGGAGCAGGAAAAAUGCCUCACAUGAUGAAAAAGACAUAAGUUAUUUAUGCUUUUGAAUGCCUUUUAAUUUUCUCUUUUUGUGCAAUGUGUUAAUGCCAAGGCUAUGUCUUGGUUAAGUAUGGUCGAGUACAGAGAUUUAUGUAAGUUAUUUUUCAAAUUAAAAAUAAAAAAAUGAUAUUACACUAA